ACUUUUUAUAAGCAGCAAGAAGCUGUGGAUCAGGAUCACUCACUCAGAUUACAACCGAAAGGAAAACGGAAUAAAGGCUACGUAUGCUUCACUUUGAGGUUGCCAAGAGAAGAGAACAGAAACCCAAAACCUUCACAUUUUCUCACCGCUUUACUUCUUUCUCUUUGUGCUUUUCCUUAACCUUUACCUCUGUCAACUUAACAUUCCCUCCCUUCUGCAAUGGCCACCAAACACAUAAAACUACCCCUUGAACACAACCAACAAGACCCAAACAAGUUCUAUUACCACUUCAUGUACAAAGCCACCCUUGUCCUCUUCUUCUUCUUCAUAAUUCCUCCGCUCUUCCCCUCACAAGCUCCCCAAUUCAUCAACCACUCCCUCCUCACCAGAAACUGGGAACUCCUCCACCUUCUCUUUGUCGGCAUCGCUGUCUCCUAUGGCCUCUUCAGCCGUCGAAACCACGACACAGACAAAGAUAACAACAACAACAACAACUCCAAGUUCGACACUGCACAAUCUCUUGUCUCAAGGUUCCUUCAAGUCUCUUCGUUUUUCGAGGAUGACGUUGAAAGUGAAAGCCCAGUUGAGUCCGAUGAAACAAAAGUCCAAACGUGGAACAACCAACACCAUAGGAACCAACCCAUGCUUGUGGUAGCACCACGCUUAGACCACUCUGAUUUUGAUCACCACAGCCCCGAGAAACCUUUGCUUUUACCUAUUCGAAGCUUGAAGUCUCGUGUAUCUGACGAGGAUGAUGAUAAUGUUGUUGAUGUUCAAUCUCUGAGCAGGUCCACAACCUCUAAGAGAUUUUCAAGCAGUUUGAAUAGGAAAUCAAAAGUUGAAGAUAAAAAGAAAGAGAACGUGGUGGUGCUUCCUUCUCCCAUUCCAUGGCGAUCUCGAUCAGGAAGAAUGGAACCAAAACAAGAAGUUGAUGAUGCAUCUAACAUGAUGCUUCCUUCAAAGGAGGAAUCUCGCCCUGUGAAGUCUCAAACUUCAUCACAUGCUUCUUCUAAAACAAGUUCUUUGACUUCAUCACCAAACCUUGCUCCUUUUUCAUCAGAAUCACUUGCAAAGAACGCAGAGGAUCAUUUAGUGAGGAAGAAGGGGUUUCACAAGUGUUGUCCACCACCACCUCCACCACCCCCACCAAUGAUGUUUCACAAAUCAAUUUCCACGAGGCCAAGGUAUGGUGAAGCACCUUCCUUUGAUAAGGAGCCGAAGCGAACCUUCACUAUGUCAGUAGGAAAAAAUAAAAAAUUUCAUGAAGAAAAACCAUUCAUGCAACGCACGUCGUUUAGAAGUGACAAGUUCAUGGGGCAUGCAAGCGUGCCUCUUGUGUCAGAGCCAGCUGAGAAAGAAAGUUUUCUUGACAAGGUACUUGUGGAGGAACUUGAUGAUGACGAUACAGAAACUGAGGAUGAUGAUGAUGAUGUUGGAGGAGGAAGAAAGAUUAUUCAGAACGAGGACCACGAGAAAGGUCCAGCUCUUAAUGGUGUGAAAAGUUCAAAAAAAGAUGAGGCUUCUUGCGGAACUCUUAGUGAUGAAGGACCAGAUGUGGAUAAGAAGGCUGAUGAAUUCAUCGCCAAGUUUAGAGAGCAAAUAAGACUUCAGAGAAUUGAGUCUAUUAAGAGGAGUACAAGGAGUGCAAGAAACUCUUCAAGGUAAUAAAUAAUGUUGAAGAACUGUUAUACUAUAUUAGUUAAACGGGAUGUAAUUAAAUUGUUAUGGAUGUUUCUUUCCACAGCUUAAGGUUGUAAUUGGAUUUCUGUCAUCUUCCCCCCCAUAAAUAUGAUGCUAUAGAUAGAUAUACCGAUUUUACAUGUGCUUAGCUAAAACUUCAAUUUGUUGGAAUUUUAAAUUUCUUUUCAACUUUCUGCAAUUGUUUUAAACGGGAAAUUGAGAUUUCAACACGGGUUUGGCCAUUUGUCA